UUAUCCGCCAUAUUAUUGUUUGUAGCAUUUUAAGUUGUGUUUUAAAGUUAAAUAAAGCCUAAAGAAUGGUAAAUUUCAACACACUUGUCGACGACGCAUGCUCUAUCAAAGACAAGGUGGAGGUGUUUUGCGAAGGCGAUUUGAUCUGGGAUGCCAUGUUGAACCAGACCAACGUCGAGAAUAACAAAAACAAAUAUUAUCAGAUGCAAUUACUUAAAGAUAUAUCGAGUGACAGAUAUCAUGUAUGGUUUAAAUGGGGAAGAGUCGGUUAUUCAGGACAAAACAGCUUGACAAGUUUUGAUGGAAACCUCGAGGAGGCUAAGAAGGCUUUCGAAAGGAAAUUUUAUGAAAAGACGAAAAAUAAGUGGGAAGAUAAGGAAUCUUUCGAGAAAUUUCCUGGAAAAUACAACUUGAUAAUCGUUGACUACAAUGCUGAGGACAAGGAUGAAACAGACGCGCCAAUAUUGUGUGAACAAAAACCAAAAGUUGAAAAGAUUGAAAGCAAGUUGGACACACAAUUACAGACAUUGAUUGAAUUGAUAUGUAACGUAAAAACUAUGGAAGAAACUGUUAAAGAGAUGAAAUAUGACACUAAUAUAGCACCACUUGGAAAGUUAACGAAAGAACAAAUAAAAGCCGGUUAUUCCUCUCUCAAGUUGAUAGAUGAAUGCAUUUCAAAAGGUGACUUAGGAUCAACGCUCGUCGAGGCCUGCAAUGAAUUCUAUACAAAAAUUCCGCAUUGCUUUGGAAUGAGACAACCGCCAAUGAUAAAGACAAAAGAAGAAGUGAAGUUAAAAGUCCAACUUCUAGAAACUUUGGGCAACAUUGAGAUUGCGAUGACGGUUCUUAAAGAAGAGCUUGAUGAAAAUCCAAUCGAUAGUCAUUACAAAGCUCUUAAUUGUCAACUCUCUCCUCUGGAUAAAACCAACACAGACUUUCAGAUGAUAGAGAAGUUUGUACAAAACACGCAUGCAAAGACUCACUGUCAUUAUUCUCUCACUAUUGAAGAUGUUUUUGAGAUUCAUCAUCCUACUCAUUCAAACUUCAUUGACCACGGAAACAGAAAACUUCUCUGGCAUGGUUCGCGUUUGACAAACUGGGUAGGCAUAUUAAAACAGGGUUUACGUAUAGCGCCACCGGAAGCACCGGUCACUGGAUACAUGUUUGGCAAAGGCGUUUACUUCGCUGACAUGUGUUCAAAAAGUGCAAACUAUUGUUUCACGAACCGUAGACAAAAUACGGGAAUUUUGCUCCUGAGCGAGGUUUCUCUUGGGAAGACCAAUGAUUUGUUAAGUGCCGACUAUGACGCGGAGAAACUGCCUGAAGGCUUUCAUAGUGUUAAAGGAUGCGGGAACAUUGCCCCUGAUCCAAAAGAAGACCUGGAGUUAGCUACCGGAACAGUCGUUCCUUUGGGUAAAGAGACGGAGACUGGUAUAAAAAAUCCAAAUGGCUACACAUUAAACUAUAACGAGUAUAUUGUUUACAAUACGAACCAGAUCAAGAUGAAGUACCUUGUCAAGUGUAAAUUCAACUAUAAAUAAAGUUAUAUGUUUGUAAAUGAUGAUCGUCCAGGUUAAUAAAGUCCUGAGAAGGACUGUUUUUGAGUGUUCAUUAUCAAAGCUGUUAAACUAAAAUUUAGAAAUCUUCUUUUUCGUUCAUAUAUAAAAAAAUAAAGUGAUUUGUUUUUAUAUCAA